UUGUUUCAGUUAUGUGGUGUAAGCCUUCAAUCUAUAAAAGCAAACUUGAUUCAUGCUAUUAUCUCUUACUGUGUAAUAUUUCCGAAAGCAAAGAGGCAGAAAAGAUUAAUCCAAUUUCGUUGAUCCUUUGUCCUUUCAAGUUCAUUGAUUUUUCAUUUUGUGUCCUUCUGUUGGUAGGAGUUGAUGCCAGGAGGUGUAAAUUCCCCUGUUCGUGCUUUCAAGUCAGUUGGCGGACAAUCUAUCAUUAUUGACUCCGUGAAGGGCUCUCGUAUGCGGGAUAUAGAUGGUAACGAGUACACUGACUAUGUUGGAUCAUGGGGUCCAGCUAUAAUCAGUCAUGCAGAUGAUGAGGUGCUAGCAGCAUUGGCUGAAACAAUGAACAAAGGAACGAGUUUUGGUGCUUCAUGUCUCCUUGAAAAUACUCUCACAGAGAUGGUUAUUUCAGCUGUCCCAAGCAUAGAAAUGGUUCGGUUUGUCAACUUUGGUACCGAGGCAUGUAUGGGACUACGGCUGGCUCGUGCUGUCACUGGCCGAUCUAAGAUCAUCAAAUUCGAGGGUUGUUACUAUGGUCAUGCAGAUGCAUUUCUUGUUAAAGCAGGCAGUGGGGUUGCCACCCUAGGACUCCCUGACUCACCCGGAGUACCAAAGGCAGCUACUAUUGAUACUCUAAGAGCGCCUUACAAUGAUAUUUCUGCUAUCGAGACCCUCUUUAAGGAGCACAAAGGUGAAGUUGCUGCUGUAAUUCUCGAGCCUGUAGUUGGAAAUGCCGGCUACAUUCAACCAAAUCUAGAUUUUCUCGCUGCCAUUUGCAAGACUACCAAAGAAAAUGACGCACUUCUUAUUUUUGACGAAGUUAUGACUGGAUUUAGGUUGUCAUAUGGCGGAGCUCAAGAGUAUUUUGGAAUGACUCCGGAUUUGACAACACUCGGGAAGAUUAUCGGUGGUGGCUUGCCCGUAGGUGCAUAUGGAGGAAGGCUGGAUAUUAUGGAAAUGGUAGCACCUGCAGGACCCAUGUAUCUGGCGGGGACACUAAGCGGAAACCCAUUGGCCAUGACAGCUGGAAUCCACACGCUUAAGUGGUGACAGGAACCGGGCACAUAUGAACACUUGGACAAGAUCACGGGUGAACUUACACGGGGAAUCUUGGAUGCUGGAAAGAAGACCGUCUAUCAGGGACAUGUCUAGGAGUUGUGAGAUGGAAAAUUGUUCUGUGGUAAAUUUUAAGGAAUAAUCAAGAGGUACGAGAAGCUCAAUAAAAUUCCACUAGACUGGGAAACUAAGAAGAAGAAAAGGGAAAAAAUAUAUUGGCUAAAGAAAGAUCUUAUUCGAUCUUAACGGAUUCAGAAAGGAACUAUUAUUCAGAUGAGAAUCAGUUCGUUUGAAAUGUCAUCCAAAAUCGAAUGUAAUGACUCCUAAUUUUCCUUUGAUUUCUCUCAAUUUUGUCAUUUAUAUACUUUAGAAAGUUCGGUGAAUGUUUUGAAUCUUAAGUGGUUAAAUUAAUGAUAUAAAUUCUUGAAAUUUCAGAUUGCUUGUGUGUACCAUAAGUGA